AUGGUGAUAGUAUUUGUGGCGAUACUGGUUAUGGUAAUGGGAGAGGAAGGAUGUGAUUUUGUAAGUAUUUUGGAAAGCUAACGGAUGAUAUGUAAUCUAUAAGAUAAUGAUGACAUUAGCUGGUUAUUGCCGAAAAUUAAAAGUGUUACGAGUUCAAGGCUUCAGGGUUAUAAAGGUCCCAAGGUUCCGCUCAAAUUUUGUUUUUAUUUUUUUAGUAUAUGAUUGCUAGGUUGAGUACGAUAUUUUAUUCCGAGCUUUUUGCGAGGCAGCUUGGCUUAUGUCGACACAAUAGAAUUAUAACGGCGUUUGCCAAUCAGAUCUUCGAUCCUGCGCAAUUUUCUCUCCCUAUAGGUGCCUUGUUUAUAAGUUUCAACACUUUCAUCCCUUCCAAGUUGCAUAAACACCCAACCAAACUCUUGGAACACUCAUAUUUCCUUAUUAAACCCCUCUGUUUACUAUGCCUUUCAUAUGAUCCAGAAUCUUUUGGGGUCCAUAUCAAAACAGCAGAUUGAGUGCUUUUGUUACACUCCUCCACCCAUCAUAGCCCUUCUUUCUUAUCACACAAAUAAUUUGUGUUAUGUUUACGGACCUUUUCUCCCAUGCUCAAAAUAACCAUUACAAAAGAUCUUUUACAGUUCCUGGACACGAUCAAGGAAUGCAAUGGGAUCUACAGGAAGGUGGAUGAGUACGAUUUGCAGUUGAAUCAGCAGUUUGAGAAUGAUAUGAGGCUGUUUUAUUUGGCCAUUGCCAGAGGGAUACCCGCGAUUCGGCCGGCUUUCCCCAAUUUCUGUCGAAUGCAAUGCUCUGGGAAUGGAAUUGAUGACUUCAGAAGGCGUUUCUUCAAACGGCAGCUCUCCAGGACCAGCUAA